GUUACCCGGCACAAGAGAAUAAAAACAAAAUCUCAAAAACACACAAUCAGUUUUGGACGUAAGCCAGAAAUAAAAAAACACGAAAAAGAUAUAAAAAAAUAAUAAGUGGACGCGAGUGAAUGCAAAGACAAACGUAAACAUUUUGUUGUUAUUUCGUUUUAAUUAGUUUUUUUUUGUUGUAGUAAACAAACAGAGACAACGUUAUUAAAACGGCCCUAUAAUGUGUGAUAACAAAGAUGAGUGUUGCAAUAAAUUAGAAGCUGAAGCCAUUCACACCAAUGAACAGCUAUUGGCAUUCAAUGUGCGCAGCAAAGAUGUCAAUUGGCAUGAAUAUGUUACGCCCAAGAAACCCAGAUCCUCACCGGUCUAUCUACAGAGGCAGUUUAAUUUGAUUAGCAAUUAUCGUGAACCAAUUGGCAAUCAUAAUCGACGAAAGGUGUUGCUGUGCCAUGACAUGAUGGGCAAUUACUUGGAGGACAGACAUUACCACUCGUCGAAGAAAUAUGAUGACUAUCGUUUCUAUCACUGGUCAGCCGUGGAUUAUUUUUGUUAUUUUAGUCAUAAAUAUAUCACAAUACCACCUUGUGGUUGGAUAAAUGCUGCCCAUAAACAUGGUGUCUCUGUAUUGGGUACUUUCAUAACGGAGGGUUCGGAUGGAGCCAAACGUUUACACGACAUUCUGGCAUCAACGGAAAUGAUAGACAAUAUUGUGGACGCUAUGGUGAAAUUAUGCAAACAUUACCACUUUGAAGGUUGGCUCAUCAACGUUGAGUGCAAAGUGGAAUCGGAUUCAAUGGAAAAUUUAUAUUACUUUCUAAAUCGACUACGUGAAGCCGUCGAACAGCAUGUCGAGGCGGGUGUUGUCUUCUGGUAUGACAGUGUCAUCGAAACUGGUCAGUUGUCAUGGCAAAAUGAGCUCAAUGCCAAGAAUGUGCGUUUCUUUAGGUCAACCCAUGCCACGCUCAUAAAUUACAGCUGGGACGACAAGAGCCUUGAACAGACACGCUCACUGUGCGAACAGGAACGGGCUCACAGCCAAAGUGUUUUCUUUGGCAUUGAUGUAUUUGGCCGAAAUCAAAUUGCGAAAUUUCAAAGUAAACGAACCUUGGCACGCAUUGCCAAAAAUCGCUUUUCCGUUGGCAUCUUUGCCCCAGCCUGGACAUAUGAAACGUUGCAACAGUUCGGCUAUAAUAUAAAACAGGAGACGGGCGAUGAUGCUGUAAACGAGACGUUUCUACUGAGAAAUGAGAAAUUCUGGUGGCUGUUAUGGGAUCAUUUGGCAACGCAUCCAUACAAUACAUUGGCAUUCUAUACGGAUUUUUGUAUGGGUUCGGGCAAGCGAACCUAUGUAAGUGGCCUGCCCAAGGCAGCCGUGGAAGAUGGCAGUGAGGCGGCCGCCAGUGAAUCGGAGGGAUUUUUCAAUUUAUCGCGGCAAUCGUUGCAACCAUCAGUGCCACUGCACGACUUGGCGACACGACACUAUGAUGAUGCCUUCAACGGCGGCUCGUGCCUUCGCAUUAGCCAGUGUGACAGCAGUUUUCGUUUGUUUGCCACCGAUUUUAAACUUCCCGGCGGUGGUUUGGUAUUUGCCUAUGCCUACAAACUCAGCCCCCAGGAUGGUGAAUUCGAUUGUAUUCUGCGUUUUUGUACCAGCAAUAAUGCCCGUGAUUGUUAUUUGUUUUUGGGAGAUUACUACGAUACAGUGAGUUUACAGCGAGGACGCUGUUAUGUGUCACCGUUUAAGCCCAAAUACAAUGAGCUUUUGAGUGGUCCAUUGGAAUGUCCACAGAUACCAAAGGAUAUGGCCUUCCCGGAUUUCCAGGCCAAUGGUUGGCGCGUUCGCUAUUAUGUGGUGGAGUUUGAUGGUGGCAUACAGGUCAAAGAUAUUGGUGUUCUGUAUCGUAAAACGCCAGAGGCUCGCGACACCGCCUACUUGGGUGCAGUCUACCUGAAUGAAUUCAAUGUAAAUCAUCAUGAUUUCCCCGUUGAUAGUAAUAUUGCCUUAAUACAAGUCUAUGGAGGAGAUUUACUUAACUGACAAGAGGAAGUGCGGACCAUUAUAACGGAUGACGAUGAUGAUGUAGAAGAUAUUUAGUCAUAAAUCGGAAAUGAAAUAAGAAAAAACGAAUUAAAUACAAAAAGCUUUUAUCGAUAGCUAUAAGAAGGAGAGGGGAGAAGGAAAUGAAGGCAGGGAAUUUUUAUUCUGGAGUAGUACAAGAAGUUUAUGAGUUAACAAAAUUUGCGAUGUGUGGUGAUUUAGUCCAGUUAGUUAAAUUCUUUAUUAAAAUGGAAACAAUUAAAAUUUUCAAAAUCGUAUUCAAAUUCUAUGGAAAAUCUAUUUUUAUACCCUACCCUAUUUUUAUACCCUGACCACUAUCAUGGUAUUAUGUCGUUGGGCAUUUGUUUGUAACAUGGAGAAGGAAGAGAGAUAGACCCAUAGUUACUUUUGAGGAUCUUCUUGGAUUACUUUCUGAGUGGAUUUAUGUCAGUCCGUACGUGUAUUUUUGUAAAUAAAAUGCAGGUCGCUUUUAUUAUCCGUUUGAGAGGACAUUUUCCAAACAAUAUUUGUUUAACCCAAGGACGAACCCAAUUGAAAUUGGUGUGGAUCGCUUGAAAUCUAGAUAUAGCUCCCAUAUAUAUCUUCAACCCAUUUGGGAUUUUCAGUCCCUCACAUGCGUAAUAUAUACCGCACAACAAAAAUAAUUUGUACCAGAUAUCAGAUACAGCUCAGAAAUAAGUGUUUAAAAUUUUGUCAGGAUCGGUUUUAAUUUGGAUAUAGCUCCCAUGUAUAUAUCGUUAUCCGAUUUCAAGGUUUUACACACAAAAUUGCUAAUAUCAGCCCAAAUGUAGUAAAUCUUGGCAAUUCCGACUGAAUUCGUCCUAGAAAAAAUUACUUCAAAUUUGUUGAAAAUCGGUUCAGAUAUUUUAGUCCCUCACAUGCGUAAAAUACACCCCACAACAAUAAUCUUUGGUACCAGAUUUCAGAUACAGCUCAGAAAUAAGUGUUUAUAAUUUUGUCUAGAUCGGUUCCGAUUUGCACAUACCUCCCAUAUAUAAAUCUUUAUCCGAUUUCAGGGUUUUAUACACCAAAUUGCUAAUAUCAGCCCAAAUGAACUAAAUUUGGCAAUUCCACCUGAAUUCGUCUUAGAAACAAGUACUUUAAAUUUUGGUGAAAAUCGGUUCAGAUAUAGCUGUAGCUCCCAAAGACCCUCAAAUGUUUAAUAUGCACUCUACAACAAUAAUCGUUGGUACCAGAUAUCAGAUACAGCUCAGAAAUAAGUGUUUAACAUUUUGUCUGGAUCGGUUUAGAUUUGGAUAUAGCUCUUAUAUAUAUCUUUAUCCGAUAUCAGCUUUAUUGUGCACCAAUUGUUAAUAUCAGCCCAAAUGGACUGAAUUUUGGCACAUCCGACCGAAUUCGUCCUAGAAACAAGUACUUCAAAUUUGGUGAAAUUCGGUUCAGAUAUAGCUAUAGCUCCCAUACAUAUGUUUCAUCCGAAUUGGGAUUUUAAGUGCCUUACAUGCGUUACAUACACCCCACAACAAUAAUCGUUGUUACUAGAUAUCGGAUACAGCUCAGAAAUAAGUGUUUAAAAUUUUGUCAAGAUUGGUUUAGAUUUGAAUAUAGCUCCCAUACAUAUAUCGUUAUACAAUUUCAGGGUUUUGGUGCACCAAAUGGUCAAUAUCUGUCCAAAUGACCUGAAUUUUUGCACAUCCGACCGAAUUAGUCCUAGAAACAAAUUCUUCAAAAUUUGUGAAAAUCGGUUCAGGUAUAGCUAUAGCUCCCAAAUAUAUGUUUCAUCCGAUUUGGUGUUAAAGGCCCUCACAUGCUUAAUAUAAACUCCAAAAAAUCGCUCAAAUUUAAUGGGACAAACCUGGACCUCUUGCUUUGAAGUUGUCCUUUUUAUUGGUAGAAACCCCGAUGCCUUUUCCAUAUCAAAACCCAAAUUGUUCAGUACUAGCUCUGAGUUUUGAUUAGAACACCCACUUGAUCACAUUCUCUGGACUAGAUCACUACACAUAUAAAUUUUGACUUAAAAAUAUGUAAAAAUCUCUCUUGUAUGUUAUUGAAAAUUUGUUAUAAUUCGUAUGUUGUUGUUGUUUGCUCAAUCUACUGCCAAAAUGUAAGCUUUAAAUUAAUCAACAAAAUUUGUUCAAUAUAAAAUAGCUUUAAAGGCCGAAAUACAUAAGAGACUUAAGUCAUCGACUGACAGUAAAAAUUAAAGAAAUUAAAGGGAAUUCCAAACCCGAAUCUGAACAAGGUCACUCAAAUUUUAUAUUCUUUCACAUUAUAAAAUAUCUGAUGACUUAAGCGAGAACAACAUUUACUUAUGUUUAUUGGCCUGCACAAAAUUUCCGCAUUUAAAUAUUUCAAAAUACUAUCUAUUGCAUUUGACCUGCACCUACACCUACCAAAUUCCCUUUCACUGCACUUCUACACACAUAUUUCCUUCCUCUUUGCUUAAAAAAACGAAAACGAAAACAAAAACAAUUUAAGAACAAUCGCUUUUAUAUUAGAUCUUAUAAUUAAUCUUAAACAAAAAAAAAAUUACAUCUAAAAAAACAUGUGUUGUUGCCCAUUCGACAAUGCUAUUCGCCAUUAGCCAAAUUACAUGAAAAACAAAAACAAGUAUUUUAUAGGUAUUUCAAAUUUAUAUACAAAUUUAUAAUUGUACCUAUUAUAUAUAUAUUAAUUAUAGUCAUCUUUUUUACAAAAAUGUCAUAAAUAAAGCUUAUUUUAAAAUUUAAAAAAAUGUA